GGGGCCCCCGAGGGCGCUGCUUCGGACACCAGCCCCCGGUGCCCGAAGUGCUGCGGCUGCCGGGUCUCUGUCCCCAAAGCCCCGGGGAACAUCCGCCCUCUGGGAGACGAUGCUCAAGGUAUAAGGAAAACCAUCUCCUGGAACAUCUGAACUGUACUUCAAGCUUGAGUUGCUGCAGUCCAGGGGCAAACAUGCUUAACUCCGAAAGUGAACUGGAGUUUUCGAAAGAAAAAGCUACCGAGGAGAUCUCCCAACUCUCUUCCCUAGUACUGUCAGGUGACACAGAAUACAGCGGAAAAAACUCAAGCGGUUUACCCGAAAAAACUGGCUAUCCGGACUCCGUUUACAUUAUGGCAGCGAAUAUUUUUCAGGGCAUUCGAUUCGAAAAGUCACCAGCGAAAGUCUUAAUAAAGUAUGGGAAUGAACCCCUGCCGUCCUCGACCGAUUCUGAGGAUGAAUCUUUUCAGCGUUUGUCCUAUGAGCUGGCUUUCAGUACCCUGAAGUAUCAAGAUAUUUUGGAAACGAUGUUAAUAGACAGCUAUAUCUUCCCAAGUACCACAAUACCAGAUCAUUUGAACAGUCUUAUCAUUGUGAUGCUGUAUGAUUUCCAAGAUAGAAAGUUUGAAGCUCGUCUGCUUUCAGAUAACGAAGAGUCUAUAGCGGAAGUUCUGGAAGUAGAGAACCUUCUUAACAGUUUUAAGACAAAAUUGGCAGCGGCAUUGGCAAGAUGUCGAAUCAAACAUGAUGCCCUUUCAAUUUACCACAUUCUUCCAGAAACAGUUAGGAACCAGGAACUAAGGGCCUCCACUUUGCCACUUUAUGCUUGGAUAAAUACUUGUAAAAUCAGCCCUGAAGAAGUUUAUAAUAGUUUGAAGAAAAGAGGCUAUAAUAAAGUCAAAUCUGUAUUGCAUAUUGAUAAUAAAGUCUUUGCUGUGGAUCAACAUUGCUAUGAUGUCUUAAUUUUUCCAUCUCAUCUUAAAAGUGAUCUUCUAAAUAUAGAUCUUUUCAAAGAUUAUAAACUUGUAUUUCAGGACAAAUCUCGAAGUCUUGCUGUCCAUUCUGUAAAGGCUUUAUUAAAUAUGGAUGAUGAUAUCUUAAUGGUCAAUACAGGUUCGUGGUAUACAGUUGCCCAUAUGUCAGUCUUAACAAAUAAUAAUAACUCAAAAAUAUUUGUGUGUGGAGUACAGUCACAAGCUAAGGAUCCUGAGCUGAAGAACCUUUUCACAAAAAUGGGAUGUGAAAAUAUUGAAAUACUUCAUGAGACAUUUAUUAACCUUGAAUCAAAGGAUCAUAGGCUACAGAAAGUUAAAGUGAUUCUGCUGCUACCUCGUUGUUCAGGACUGGGUGUUAGCAAUCCAGUAGAAUUUAUUUUAAAUGAGCAUGAAGAUACAGCUUUACUUAAAGAUUUCUCUCAAGGAGGCCCAUCAGAAGAUAAACUUCAUGUUCUUGCUCAGCAGCAAUAUGAGCAGCUGACACAUGCAAUGAAAUUUACUAGAGCUCAAGCAGUUGUUUACUGUACAUGUUCAGUUUAUCCAGAAGAAAAUGAAGCUGUUGUUAAGAAAGCACUGGAAUUUCAAGACCACGGGAUUAAAGUACAGCCUUAUAGGCUUAGUCCACCUGUCCUUCCACUGUGCUCCUUAGAGGAAGUACAUUUGUCCACUGACAGAUUUUUCAGAAUGGAACCAUCUGAAAUUACCAAUGGUUGUUUUCUUUCUGUUCUAACAAGGGAGCGGGACCCAUCUGAGACAGUGUCUGUGAAAGAUGUUUUGGCUCGAGCUGCAGCAAAGGGUCUACUGGAUGGGAUCGAGUUGGGUAAACCUUCAAAACGAGAGAAGAAGAAGAAAAAAUCAAAAAUGUCAUUGCCAAAAUCUUCCGCUACUGAUAAUAGCAACAUCCAAAUGAAAAUUGCUGAGUUCCUGAGUCGAGAAACUAACUCAGGUGCUAAUCAGUCAGAGACAUUAACAACAAAAACAUCUCUUCCACAGAAAAAUACAGAUCAAGUGGGUUCUACCUCACAGGUCAGAAAAUCCAAGCCCACUACCAAUCCUUUAGUGCCUACAUUUAUGAAGAACACAUCUCCUGCCAGACCAUAUGAACGGCCAACAAACUUUGUAAGACCUCGCCUAGAAGACAGAAUGAUUGCACUGAAACCUAUAGAGAUUGUUUUGCCUCCAGUAAUGUUGCCAUUUUCUAGUCCCCAAGGGAUCAGAUCUCAGAUACCAACUCAACAUUUUUACUGUCCUUGGGUUGGGCCCAAGACUGUUGUGCCUGGCUAUCUUCCCACACCAUCAAUACCCAGAAGAGGGGAAAAACCUAAAGAAAACUUACCCUCUUCUCUACCCAGGCAUCGUCGACCAUGGCUUUGA